GACCUCACUUAGCCAGAUACUUGGACCCGAUACAACACCACGAUGUGCGACGACGACGAGGCGUGUGCUCUUGUAUGUGACAAUGGCUCCGGCAUGGUCAAGGCUGGCUUCGCCGGCGACGACGCUCCCCGCGCCGUAUUCCCCUCCAUCGUCGGCCGUCCUCGUCACCAGGGUGUCAUGGUCGGUAUGGGUCAGAAGGACGCCUACGUCGGUGAGGAAGCUCAGGCCAAGCGUGGUAUCCUGACCCUCAAGUACCCCAUCGAGCACGGCAUCAUCACCAACUGGGACGACAUGGAGAAGAUCUGGUACCACACCUUCUACAAUGAGCUCCGUGUUGCCCCUGAGGAGUCCCCCACAAUGUUGACUGAGGCUCCCCUCAACCCCAAGGCCAACCGUGAGAAGAUGACACAAAUCAUGUUUGAGUCCUUCAAUAUGCCAUCUAUGUAUGUGACCAUCCAGGCCGUGCUGUCCCUGUACGCCUCUGGUCGUACCACUGGUCUGGUGUGUGACUCUGGUGAUGGUGUAACCCACAACGUUCCUGUCUAUGAAGGUUACGCUCUUCCCCAUGCUAUCAUUCGCCUUGAUAUGGCUGGCCGCGAUGUGACUCAGUACCUGAUGAAGAUUAUGACUGAGCGUGGAUACUCGUUCACUACCACUGCUGAGCGUGAAAUUGUUCGCGAUAUAAAGGAGAAAUUGUGUUACAUCGCCCUCGACUUCGAGAGUGAGAUGAAUGUUGCUGCUGCUUCCACUUCGAUAGACAAGUCUUAUGAACUUCCCGAUGGUCAAGUCAUCACCAUUGGUAACGAGCGUUUCCGCUCCCCUGAGGCUCUCUUCCAGCCUUCCUUUCUGGGUAUGGAGUCUGUUGGUGUACAUGAAUCUGUUUACAACUCCAUCAUGAGGUGUGACAUUGAUAUCAGGAAGGACUUAUUUGCGAAUACGGUUUUGUCCGGUGGUACCACCAUGUACCCUGGUAUUGCUGACCGCAUGCAGAAGGAAAUCACUACUCUGGCUCCUACUACCAUCAAGAUCAAGAUCAUUGCUCCUCCCGAGCGUAAGUACUCCGUAUGGAUCGGUGGCUCUAUCUUGACCUCUCUGUCCACCUUCCAGGCUAUGUGGAUCACCAAGGAGGAAUAUGAAGAAUCUGGUCCUGGAAUCGUUCAUCGCAAAUGUUUCUAAAUAAAUACUUAUGUACAGUACAUUUAUCGUUGUUUCAAGAGAGCUUUCGUAGAAAUGAAUAGCAAUAAAUAUCAGGGAUAAUAAAUAUUUUAAAAAAAUA